AUGAGCAUCCACCCCCGCAGGAUCCGCCUGAAGCCCUGGCUGCUGGCCCAGGUGCACAGCGGCAGGUACCCGGGGCUGCAGUGGCUCAGCGCGGACCACCGGCUCUUCCAGAUCCCCUGGAGGCACGCCACCCGCCACACGCCCGCGUCCGACGAGGAGAACACCAUCUUCAAGGCGUGGGCCGUGGAGACGGGGAAGUACCAGGAAGGCGUGGACGAACCGGACCCGGCCAAGUGGAAGGCCAACCUGCGCUGCGCCCUGAACAAAAGCCGGGAGUUCCAGCUGAAAUUCGACGGCACCAAGGAGACGCCGCUCAAGCCGUACAAGAUCUACGAAGUGUGCGACGUACCCGGCAACGCAGACGGAGCGGAGGACGAGGAGGAGGAGAUGCCCAACCUGAUGGACCUGACGAUCAACCCACGGAUCGACGAGCCCUCCUCCUUCCCCACCUUCGGCUCCUUUGGAUCGCCCCAGGUGAUCCCGAUGCCCCUCCUACCAAUGACCUCAGACCUUCAGCCUCAGAUGGUGGAUCCAGGGAGCUUCGGCCCACCUGGGGGUCUUCCCAAUGGACUCCAGGAGCUGAACUCGCUGCCUCCUGCGGUUCCUGCUGCUCAGCCCGAAUCAAUGGAGGCCAGCAGCAUGGGCUCCAUUCAGACGGAGGCUCAGAACCACCAACCCUGCAAGUAUGACCUGCUGAGCAGCGUCCCACUAACGGAUCUAGACCUGAAGUUCCUGUACCGGGGCCGAGCGAUGGGCUCUCUAACCGUCAGCAACCCCCAAGGCUGCCGGCUCUACUACGGUCACCUGGAACCCACCCCGGAGCAGGUGGACCUGUUUGGGCCGGUAACUCUGCAGCAGGUCCUGUUCCCGGGAACGUCUGAAAUCCAGAACCAGAAGCAGCAGUUCUACACCAACGCUCUGCUGGACGUGAUGGACCGAGGUCUGAUCCUGGAGAUCGAGCAGCAGGACAUCUACGCCAUCCGCCUCUGCCAGUGCAAGGUGUUCUGGUCGGGCCCGGGAAUGCCAGAACAGGGACCGCCGAACCCCAUGGAGAGGGAGAGGAGGAUCAAAGUGUUUAGCCUCAACGAAUUCCUGCAAGGGCUCAUUCUGUUCCAGAGAGGCGAAGCUCCGAGCCCGCCGCCCUUUGAGCUGUACUUCUGCUUCGGGGAGGACUGGCCCGACAAGAAGCCCAAGGAGAAGAAACUCAUCAUCGUGCAGGUGGUUCCUGUGGUGGCCCGCAUCCUGACGGAGAUGUUCUCAGGGGAACUGAACUGGUCCACCGACAGCAUCCGGCUGCAGAUCUCCAACCCGGACGUGAAGGACCAGACGGUGGAGCAGUUCAAGGAGCUGCAGAGGCUGCUGCAGAACCAGCUGGGGGUCCAGGCGCCCUGGGCCCCCGCCGCCCCCCCGGGGUCCCUGGAGGCCUCCAUGAACAAUGCAUCAAGUGGAUUCUCCAUGGGGACCAGCUGAAAGCUCCCCCGCAAGGACCGUGGCGGGUUUGGGCCGAACCGGAUCUCAGAUUCCAUGGAAUCUCAAUAUUUGGUGGGUUUGCAGGUCAUUGGUGGACCAGAACCAAGCAGAACAAGUAAAAGACCUGAAGCGGUCCGAUGUGAAGACCUCAGUGUUCUGCUGUGUAGCUCAGGGCUUUCGGUGUGGUACCGCCUACCUCGGUCCACUGUGAACGGGUCCACGUUCGGCUUCUCCGUCCUUCACAUUUCCGUGUAUAAAGUACUGCCCCAAACCUCCUGAUCCAGUCCAGAACUUUGGAUCUGGAGGUUUUAUUCUGACUCUGAUUUAGUAUCUGGUCCAGAACAUUUUCACGAGCUGUUCUGGUUGACCGGACCGGCUCCAGACCUCAGAAGGAGGAACUACACAGCACCGCUCAUCAAUUUUAGGUUGUUUGGUACCAGCAGCCAGACUCAAACACACAUAAGGUGAUCCGAAGAGACAGGUUCUGGUUCUGGAGACGUUCCUGUUUCUUAAACACAGGACUUUCAGAUCCUGUUCAGCUGCUGGACAGAACGAACUGGGCCAGAACCUUCGUCUCUGCAACAUCCAGAAGGGUAACGGGCUGGCCUCCGUAGGCCCAUCUUAAUCCCGCUGUGUCUGGACCGGUGCUGAUCCAGGUUCUGCAGAUUCAUAACUCACUGGAAAGGUUCUGGCUGUAAACUGGCACCAUAGUGUCCUGAUAACCCUGAACGGGUCAGUACACCAAAGCUUCGUUCACCCAGAACCCUUUUAGAAGAGAGAAAAGCAGCCCAAGGCUGGAGAAUAAGACCAGGAACAGGUCCGGUUCUGAGGUCCAGUCAGGGGUAUUCGGUACCGUCCUUCAGUUCUGCCUUUAGCCGGGUUCUGGGCAUCAGCCGGCACCGCUGCACAUGUUGGACCGUGUUUGUGGGGCUGUUGGUGUGACUGUUCUUCAGCGGUAGAACCAGAACCCGUUCCUGCUCAGGUCCAUCAGAACAGACUACAGGCUCUGAAUAAACAUUUGAUGAACAUUUUGUACUUUUAACAGCAAAGUCUUAUUUUUCUGCUUUGAUGAAUAAAGUUUAAUUCCCCAGAGGAUCAA